UUGAUGAUGAGUAGUUCUUGCUAAAUGAAUAGUGCGAACGAAUCGAGUAUGCAUAAGAACUACUGCACACAUUUCAGUGUGUAAUGUUUAUUUAUUGUAGUUUUAAAUAAAUGUUUUGUGGUAAAUGUGAAGGUUUUUUGAGAAAACACACUUCGUAGAUUCCUAACCUCAAAAUGUCGGUUGUGAUUGAAACAACUUUGGGGGACAUCACGGUGGAUCUGUACACCAAAGAGCGACCCAGAGCUUGCUUGAACUUCCUGAAAUUAUGCAAGAUCAAGUACUACAAUUACAGUUUAUUUCACACAGUGAGCAGAGACUUCAUUGCGCAAACAGGUGAUCCUACCGGCUCGCGCAAAGGUGGCGAAUCAAUUUAUGGCGUACUCGAAGGGUCGCUUAAACGUUUCUUUGAAUGCGAAACAAAUCCGCGAAUCAAGCAUACAAUAACCGGUCUGGUGUCGUUUGUAGGUGACGAAGACAACAUGAUUGGUUCACAGUUUUUCAUUACGCUUGCUCCUGAGCUGUCCUACUUAGAUGACAAACAUUGCGUUUUCGGCGAAGUGGCUGAAGGUUUGGACGUAAUCGAACUAUUAAACGAGGCGAUCUGCGAUAUUGACAGUAGACCAUAUCAGGAUAUACGGAUUACGCACACGGUCAUUCUCGACGACCCCUUUCCGGAUUUGAAGGGGCUGCGAAUACCGGCCCGGUCCCCAUCUCCCAGCGCUGAACGCUUACAAGGCGGUCGUAUAGCACCCGAUGAGGAAAUCGAUGAGACGGUCGGUAAGAAUCUUGCUGAAAUUGAGGAGAUGAAAGCAGAUCGUGAGGCGAAAGCACGUGCUACUAUCCUGGAGAUGGUUGGUGACAUUCCGGAUGCAGAAAUGGCCCCGCCAGAAAACGUGCUGUUUGUUUGUAAACUGAAUCCGGUGACAACUGAUGACGAUUUGGAAAUCAUCUUCAGUCGUUUCGGUACCAUAAAGUCGUGUGAGGUGAUUCGCGAUCGUAAAACCGGCGACUCUCUGCAGUACGCUUUCAUAGAGUUCGAGGAAGAGAAGGCCUGUGAGGAUGCCUACUUUAAAAUGGACAAUGUGUUAAUCGACGACCGGCGAAUUCACGUCGACUUCAGUCAGUCUGUAGCCAAAGUGAAGUGGCUUGGAAAAGGCCGAGGUGUCGCGCACUUCGAUGGUAAAGGGAGACGAAUAGAAGACAAAAAGAACGAUAUCGGAAGGGGGAACUAUUCCACUCAGAAAACUGAACCAUCGAAAAGGCACCAUGACCAAAAAUACAGAAAAGGUGAGGAUGUUAAAUCCAGAGGCAAAGAUUCGCGAAGUAGUAAAAAGGAACAGUACUACGAAUCACGUGAUUACAAAAGUAAGAGUAAGCACUCACGGGGAAAGGAGAGGGACCGUAGGUAUGAAUAUGAGGAGAGGCAUAGGAGGGAUUACAGAAGGCGUUCGCGUAGUAGUGGGGACGACCGGCGAAAAUCCAAGAAGAAGUUGAAGAAAUCAAAGAGAAGUAGCAGCAGUGAAUCAAGUGCUAGUGAGAGGAACCGCAAGAGAUCUCAUAAAGUUAAAUCUCGUGAAAAGAAACAUAAAGGAGACAGUUCUGAUGAUUAGUAUUAUGAACAAUGUAAUCUUAAGUAAAUUAUGACCUAAUGUACCUAUUUCUUAAUAUUAUUGUGAUUAGUCUCAUUUUAAAAACCAUAGUACAUUUCUUUGUAAUUGCUGUCUCUGAGAAAAAUUUUCUUAACAGAGUUUUGCUUGUCAAAUUAAGAACAUUUUGAUUUGUUUCUUGA